AUGGUCAACCAAACGUCAACAACAACAUUAGAUGCCGAAUCAAGACAGUUGAAUCAACAUGAUAUAUCUGAUCGUCAGGAUUCAUACACAUCAUUUUAUUCAUGCCACACCGGUUCGGAACUGGCUCAAGAAAACACAAUACUCCGCAAAGGAGACGAAAUAAAAUCAUCGGAAUCUGAAUCAUCAUCAAAUAAAAAUGGCUGUAUUAUUAAUGGUGAUCGACGAGAAAUGAAUGCAAAAAACAGCAAUCAUCAUCCUCGUCAUGUCGUUGUCGAUUCUAAUCAUAUUCAUCACAAAAUUAGUACGAUGCCAAUUGAUCGAUCGAAAUAUAUUUAUCACGAUGGAAGAUUACUUCCAAUUGAUUAUAUUCUUGUGUAUACACGUUAUCACUCAAAUCAUUUUCGGCGUAGUCAUAAAUUAAAACGUCAACAUGAUCAAUAUAGGCAAUUUUUUCAAGAUCGUCUCAGAAAAUUAGGUUUUAUUGUUGUGGAAGAACGAUUAACUGACGAAGAGAAUGACCUUCUUAACUUACGACAAGCUGAAGGGUCACAAGAUGUGCACGAUGCUAAUAGCAAUGAUGAAAGCAAUCAUGUACUCGUUCGUAGUUUAUCGACUUUACAACGACAUGUAUCAGUACAUUUACAAAAUAUUAGUUCACAUUUAAGAAGAGAAACUCAUGAGGUUAGUAAUACUCUUGGCAGACCCAUUGAUACAAUUCGUGAAGAAGAAAUGACAGAAUUAAAUAAUUCGACACAUAUAGUGAAACAUGAAUACUAUCCAAAAAGAAAAUCUCAGUUAAAAUUUGAAAAUGAUGAUGAAAUCAAACACGAUGAACGCUAUUUUGUUAAAAUUCAUGCACCAUUUGAAGUACUUCUUGUAUUAGCAGAAAAAUUAAAAGUUAAAUUGCCAUUUAGUGAAAAUAAAGCACCAUUAGAGCCUGGUCUAUUUGAUCAAGGUUUACCGUGCCAAUCAACUCGUCUUGAUCUACGCGAAUUUCCUAAGCCACAUAAAGGAAAAUCGUUUUUUACUGCUUGCUAUCAAAAAAGUCUUCAUUACAGGUUUUUCAAACACUUUGGUGAUGUUGAUCAAGUCUUUCGGCAAGCUGAACGAAGUCGUCUUGUUUAUGAAACUCUUCUCCGUUGUCCAUAUCGAUCAUCGGAUCCAAUACAAACUGGUUUACAUGAUACAAAUAUUCAACCAUCGAGGUUAGACUCGCGUUUACCCAAUCGUAGUAUGAAUAUGAGACGACAACAAACACAUUCGAGUGAAGAACAAACAUUAAAUAUUGAAGAAGUUUUUACUUCAAGUACAAGACAAUCAGGAAUGAAAGAUAUAGGCAUCGAAGUAUUACUUGAAGAAGGUGUGUACGAAGCAGCAUAUCCAUUACAUGAUCAACUUAUUCAUGAAAAAGAUGCCGGUGAACCUGAAACAUGGAAUGCUCGCAUGAAAUUAUAUCAUCGUUGGGCAAAAUUCAGUAAUAUAUUUCGUAUUCAACCGAUUCGUGCUAUAAGAGAUUAUUACGGUGAACGGCUAGCAUUUUAUUUUGCUUGGCUUGGAUGGUACAAUUCAUUAUUGAUUAUUCCAUCGAUUCUUGGAAUAUUUGUUCUUUUAUGGGGCCUUCUUUCAGUCAAAUAUGAUAUACCAACACUUGAUAUAUGUAAUUCAACUUCAAGUUAUUUGAUGUGUCCAAAAAUUGAUCGACGAAGUUACUGGUUUUUAAAUGAAACUUGUUUCAAUGCUAAAAUGUCUUAUGUUUUUGAUAAUUCUGCUGCAGUUGCUUUUUCUAUAAUGAUAAGUAUAUUUGCUGUAAGUAUAAAUUUUCUUUGGCAACGACAUGAAUUUCGACUUCAAUAUGAAUGGGACAUGACGGAUAUUUCUGAAGAAACUGAAACAUUACGACCGGAUUUUGAACGACGUGUUCAUAAAACUAUUGUAAAUGAAGUAACAGAUAAAAUUGAACCUUAUGUACCGGCUUAUAAACGAAUUCUUUACUAUACAUCAUCAUUUUCCAUUGUAUUGCUAAUGGUAUUACUUGUAUUAGCUGUUGUUGCUGGCAUUGUUGUCUAUCGAUUAAGCGUUUCAGCAGCAUUUAAUUCAAUUGAUCGAGAAAUGUGGGUUUAUCGAUGGAAACCAAUUAUCGUUCCUAUCACUGGAGCAUUAAUAAAUUUAAUCAUUAUUCUUAUUUUACAAUAUUUCUACGAAAUUCUUGCUAUAUGGUUAACUAAUGUUGAAUUACAUCGAACCGAUAAAAGUUACGAAGCAAGUUUAACAAUAAAAAUGUUUUUAUUUCAAUUUGUCAAUUACUACGCAAGCAUAUUUUAUAUCGCAUUAAUAAAACCAUUAAUUAUCUACAAGCCAACCUAUCUUGAUCGUUAUUCGAGAGCGUUUCGUCUUGAAGAAUGUGAUGUCAGCGGGUGUGUAUGGGAAUUGUCCAUACAACUCAUGAUCAUCAUGGUUGGUAAACAAUUAAUAUCUAAUAUAUGGGAAUUUUAUUUUUCAAAAUUAUGGAAUAUGUGUCGUAAACGUAUUCGAUUUCGUGAUACAGUACGACAGAUAAAUGAACGAAAUGCUAAAGUGAAAAAAAUGCAUGAACAAGUCUUAGCAGUCAAUUUACGACGUUCCUAUGAAGAAGAUUUUCUAUUACAACCAUUUGAAUUAACGACAUUGUUUUAUGAGUAUUUAGAAAUUAUUUUACAAUUUGGUUUCGUGACGUUUUUUUGUUUAUCAUUUCCUUUGGCACCAUUAUUUGCAUUUUUAAAUAAUAUAUUUGAAAUACGCAUUGAUGCACUUAAAGUUGUUAAAGAAUUUCGUCGGCCCGUUGCACGUCGUGCAGUGGGUAUUGGUACGUGGAAUUCUAUAUUAACAAUAAUGGCUAAAAUAACUGUUUUAUCCAAUGCAUUUUUAAUUGCAAUCACGUCCGAAUACAUUCCUCGGCAAGUUUACUAUUGGACAAUUGGAAAUCGUUCACUAAAUGGUUUUGUUGAUCAUACUUUGGCACCAUUUCAUCCGAGUGAUUUUCCACCUAUUAUUAAUCGUACAUUACUUGAAUGUCAAUUUAUUGAGUCACGCUUAAUUGAUUUAUUCAAACAGUCAACGUUUUUUAUACCAUUUGCUCAAUCAUAUCAUUUAUCAUCUUUUGAUUGUAAUUCAACAUUAGCGAAUGAAAUACGAUCACAAAUUGAUUUUUCUACUUGUUAUUAUAAAGAUUAUCGACUUGAUCAUUCACGAAAUUACGGACGUUCAUAUAUGUUUUAUUAUGUAAUGGUUGCACGAUUAGCAUUUGUGAUUAUUUUCGAACACUUUGUGUAUAGUAUUCUUUUUCUCGUACGACAUCUAAUUUCACGUGUACCAAGGAAUGUUCGUGCUCAAUUGGAUCGAUGUCGAUAUUUAGUACAGCAAAUGUAUUGGGGUGCUGAGUUAUAUGCUCAAAAUCCAAAUCUUAUUAAAAAAGAUGAAAAUCGCGUUCACAUUGAUGAACAAGAUCAAGAAUUUAAUCGACAUAGUACUCUUCCAUUACUUAUGACCACUCCAAAUGAACUUAUUUUCAACCCAUGUGUUACGCCAGAUUUGUGA